CACCCCGGCGCAACCAUGACCGAGAGCCGCAGGGAGGCCCUGGUGGCCCCCCCGGCCCCCACCGCGGCCCCCACCGCGCCCGCCAACGUCACCGAGGCCCCGGGCCCCCCCAAGGACGAGGCCUUCUCCAAGCUGAAGGACAAGUUCAUGAACGAGCUGAGCAAGAUCCCGCUGCCGUCAUGGGCCAUCGUCGCCAUCGCCUUCGUGGCCAUCCUCCUCAUCCUCACCUGCUGCUUCUGCCUCUGCAAGAAGUGCAUCUUCAAGAGGAAGAACAAGAAGAAGGGCAAGGAGAAGGGCAAGAACGCCAUCAACAUGAUGGACGUCAACGACGCGGCCCAAAUGGAGGACGAGGACGACGCCGAGACGGGCCUGACGGACGGGGAGAAGGAGGCGGAGCCAAAGGAGCAGGAGAAACUGGGGAAGCUGCAGUACUCCCUGGACUACAACUUCACCGAAAACCAGCUCAUGGUGGGGAUCAUCCAGGCGGCCGACCUCCCCGCCAUGGACAUGGGCGGCACCUCGGACCCCUACGUCAAGGUGUACCUGCUGCCCGACAAGAAGAAGAAGUUCGAGACCAAGGUCCACAGGAAGACCCUCAACCCCACCUUCAACGAGCAGUUCACCUUCAAGGUGCCCUACACUGAGCUGGGCGGGAAGACCCUGGUGAUGACGGUGUACGACUUCGACCGCUUCUCCAAGCACGACGCCAUCGGGGACAUCAAGGUGCCCAUGAACAAGGUGGACUUCAGCCGCGUGACCGAGGAGUGGCGGGACAUCCAGAGCGCCGAGAAAGAGGAGCAGGAGAAGCUGGGCGACAUCUGCUUCUCCCUGCGCUACGUGCCCACCGCCGGCAAGCUGACCGUGGUCGUCCUGGAGGCCAAGAACCUGAAGAAGAUGGACGUGGGCGGCCUAUCAGAUCCUUACGUCAAAAUCCACCUGAUGCAGAACGGCAAGAGGCUGAAGAAGAAGAAGACGACAAUCAAGAAGAACACGCUCAACCCGUACUACAACGAGUCCUUCAGCUUCGAGGUGCCCUUCGAACAAAUCCAGAAGGUGCAGGUGGUGGUGACCGUUCUGGACUACGACAAGAUCGGCAAGAACGACGCCAUCGGCAAGGUGUUCGUGGGGCUCAACAGCUCGGGCACGGAGAUCCGCCAUUGGUCCGACAUGCUGGCCAAUCCCCGGAGACCCGUCGCCCAGUGGCACGUGCUCAAGCCCGAAGAGGAGGUCGACGCCCAGCUCAGCACCAAGAAAUGAGGGAAGGACUCCCCCCCCCCCCCCCCCCCCCCCCCCCCCGCCCCCCUGUAGUGCCCCUUGCCCCGUUUGUGUAAAUACCUCAGUGAUUCACAGCUCAACUCACUCACCCACUGCCAUUCAGCCUCCCCCCCCCCACAUUACAAAAAAGAAUAGUACAUUCCAACCCACACCCCCGCCUUUCCAGAUACUUUAACAGUCCAGGUGUGGAGGCCCCCCUUCAUUUCCUUGACCCCCCCCCCCCCCCCCCCCC